AUGAAUCUUGAGAAGACACCGGCGAUAGCUACACUUCUCGAUGGAGGGAUAUCCCAGGAAAUGCAUGAAAAACAGAUGAAAUCAUAUAGACUUCAACUGAGGAAUAUAUUAUUGCCUAUUAUAUACAACGAGACGACUUUAGUUGCGACAGUUCAAGAUGUAUGUUGCUUACCUCGACCACGUUCACCUCCUGUCCAACGACUUCUUAAUGCAUACCAUCUUGAAUAUGGACUUCCAUCGACCCAUACUACCAACUCAGUGUCAAUAGCACUAUUCUGUCUCAGCUAUCUGCUUGCGGCUAAUAACAUGAAUUCAUGGAUAAAAUACAUUGGUAUUACGGGGCUUUUCUUUUACUGCGCGAUUAUCGUCCUCGGAAGGAUUUAUUGUGGGAUGCAUGGUUUUAUUGAUGUUACGGUUGGAGUAAUCAUUGGGAUAGCAAUCUGGUGGAUACAAUUGACGUUUUACAGACAAAUUGAUGAUUUUAUUUUGAGUAAUAGUUGGUUUGUUCCAAUCAGUACAGUUUUGGGUACACUCUUUCUAAUAUAUAUUUUCCCUGAACCAAUGGAUCAAUGUCCGUGCCAUGAAGAUUGUAUUUCAUGCAUAGGUGUAGCGACUGGUAUGAUAUUGGGUAAUUGGAGAUUUUCCAGGUCUAGCUAUAGUCUACCAAAUGGAAGUGUUCUGUAUGAUUACAAUAAUAUUGGAUUUUUUUUGAGUUGUGCAAGAGUGAUUUUUGGUUUAUCAGUAAUUUUCGCUUUUCGGAUAGUAAUGAAGAAACUAUUAUAUAUUGUUCUUCGACCUAUAUACUCUUUUAUACACAAUGAUGGAUGUUCUCUGACGAAAACGGAUUCGGCAAUCGGAAUCAAUGAUGAAAUGAAUUUCAAACCUUCUAAUGAUAAAGACACAUCUGAGCCAGCGUAUAUCAGCAAACAUCACACGGUUAAACAGAAGUCUCGUGAAAUACCCUUUAAGUUUUCUGUCAAUGCAGGCGUGAAGUUAUUUGUUUAUACUGGGAUUGCAUGGAUAGCCACAGAUGGAAUUCCGGUGUUAUUUGAAGUACUUGGAAUGGGUGUAAAGAUAUGA